GCGUAGUGCAGUGCUACAGGUUAGACAUUGACUCUCUAUGCUUUGCUGGAGUGACUACUAGGUCUACUACUACUUACUACUAGACCUCCUAGAAAUCUAGUCUAGAAUCUCUACGAAUGCGUCUUGUCGAUAAGGCAUUAUUCGAACAACAAAUACCAAACCUCAACUUCAAGCCGAUUCUGAAUUCACCGCUUUAAAAUGAAUUUAACAGCAGAGUCUUUAUUGAAAUGUGAGCUGAGAAUCCCGAUGUAUUCCGAAAGGGAGGUAGGGAUCGCAUACAAUAGUCUCUGUGUGGACAAGGAGCCAAGACCUAAAGAGAUCACUAAGAUGUUGAGAGUAGAAGGAACCACUCUUGUUGUAAAUUUCAGUGCAACUCAAGCAAGAUUGAUGAGGGUUGCUGUUGGAUCCUUCAUGGAUUUCCUUCUGUUAGUCACCCAAACUAUGGACGAGUUUGGACGUCCAGUAACAAGAGAUCCAGUCAUUACAUAACACACCAUUUGACAUUACCAGUAGUCUGUAAAAGAUACAGACUUAGUUGUGACACUUUGCAACAAUGUGUGCUCGCUCACGACAUACGAGAUAUGUGCUUCUGCCCAAUGGACUCCAAUGUGAUGCUUUUCAUGUAUGAUUGCUUAAUGUAUACAAGACUGGAGCAUGUAGUGCCUCAUUGGGACUCUAUAAUUAGGACGAAGAAAUUGUCUGCGUCAUUAUUUGUACGAUUGUUCAAUUUUAUAAAAAAGGAAGCACUUUCGUACAUAUAUUGCAACGGUCUAUGACAAUCUUUUAGGUGCAAUUACAUCCCUUCAGUUUAAAAA